CGGGACCAGAUCCAGCGCAUGAACCCGCCCAAGUUCAGCAAGGCCGAGGACAUGGCCGAGCUGACCUGCCUCAACGAGGCCUCCGUCCUGCACAACCUCCGCGAGCGCUACUAUUCGGGCCUCAUCUACACAUACUCUGGGCUCUUCUGUGUGGUCAUCAACCCGUACAAGCAGCUUCCCAUCUACACAGAGGCCAUCGUGGAGAUGUACCGGGGCAAAAAGCGUCACGAAGUGCCACCCCACGUGUAUGCAGUGACCGAGGGUGCCUACCGGAGCAUGCUCCAGGAUCGUGAGGAUCAGUCUAUUCUCUGCACCGGGGAGUCUGGAGCUGGGAAGACGGAGAACACCAAGAAGGUCAUCCAGUAUCUCGCCCACGUGGCGUCGUCACCAAAGGGCCGGAAGGAGCCGGGCGUCCCCGCGUCCACCAGCACCAUGUCUUAUGGCGAGCUGGAGCGGCAGCUGCUGCAGGCCAACCCCAUCCUGGAGGCCUUCGGGAAUGCCAAGACCGUGAAGAAUGACAACUCCUCUCGCUUUGGCAAGUUCAUCCGCAUCAACUUCGACGUGGCCGGGUACAUCGUGGGCGCCAACAUUGACACCUAUCUCUUGGAGAAAUCACGUGCAAUCCGCCAGGCCAAGGACGAGUGCAGCUUCCACAUAUUUUACCAGCUGCUGGGGGGUGCGGGGGAGCAGCUCAAAGCUGACCUCCUUCUGGAGCCCUGCUCCAACUACCGCUUCCUGACCAAUGGGCCGGCAUCCUCCCCCGGCCAGGAGAGGGAGCUCUUCCAGGAGACGCUGGAGUCCCUGCGGGUCCUGGGGUUCACCCACGAGGAGAUCAUCU